UCGCGAGUGUUUCGUGACAGUGGUUUUAUAAUCAUAUCGGUUGGCUUUUCACGUCUUCUGAUAUCAUCGUUGAAAACAAUAUUCAUCGCAAAAGAUGAAUGCCACGAUAAAUGAAGUCUGUUCUUAGAAUGAAUAAAUUUAUGGACUAAUUGUUGCAUUUUAUCAACAUUGCGAAAUCGUGUGCCAAAAGGACUGAGCUACAUAGAACGAAAAAACAUUUUGCACUCCGUCUUCUGUACGAAAAGAUCUGUUAGUGGGACGAAAGUAUGGAGGCUAGCGGAAGAUAUAACUCAUAUGUAAAAGUUCCUCCGAGUGAAGAAAUUGUGAUUUCCGGUAUCGCUGGUCGGUUUCCUGAAACAAACAAUAUGAAGGAGUUGCAAGAAAAUCUCUUGAACAAAGUGGAUCUCGGUUCGGACGACAAUCGACGGUGGAGUAAUGUUUAUUAUGAUAUGCCAACUCGAAUGGGGAAAGUUAAUAAUGCAGACAAGUUCGACGCGCAAUACUUUAAUAUUUCACCUGAGGAGGCGCAUGUUACCGAUCCCAUGUGCAGGAUGUUGCUCGAGCACACCUACGAAGCGAUUAUCGACGCUGGAGUAAAUCCUAAAGAAUUGCGAGGGACAAAAACUGGUGUCUUCAUAGGAUCAUGUUACUCUGAAGCGACCAACGAGAUCCUUUAUUACAAGACUGAAGCAGCUGGAUACCCAAUUAUUGGCUGCAGUAAAUACUGGUUGGCGAACAGCAUUUCUCACUGGCUCGGCCUUACCGCACCAUCUUAUACCGUGGACACAGCCUGCAGUUCAAGCCACUUCGCUAUUGCAGAAGCUUACAGAAUGGUACGAAGUGGAGAAUGUGAUGCAGCUAUCGUGGGUGGUGUCAACCUAUGUCUUCAUCCUUAUACAUCGCUUCAGUUUUUUCAGCUCGAGAUCAAGUGCUACAAUCGGAGUUGCUUAGCAACGGACACAGAAGAUUAGAAAACCACCCGUCACCUUGGAAUAAAAGUGUUUCUUUGUUUACUUUGGAUGUAUAUAACAUACAAUUGCAUGUUGCCAUUUGUCUCAGUCAUUAACUUCUCAGUAUGACGAAAAUUUGUUCUUUCCUAUAAAACGAAAAUAUAUAGCAAUAUUUUGUAAUAUAUUGUUACAAUACGUUCAAGCGUCGUUUUCCUCUCACUCACGAUCUCCCGCGUAAAUAGUAAGCAACACUCCCGUGAACAAAUAACAAGAACUCUUUAAUAUAAACUAAGCUUUGUACAAAGCUUGCAAACAAGAACAAUUAUUCAGAGGAAUCUCUCAACGUAAUUUUACCGAGCCGCUCGAUCGCUUCACAGAAAGUUACCCUUGCUGUCAACAACAACAACCACGGUAAUAACGGUUGCUAAGAUGAGCGCCGACACAUUCCACGUUCGGCAAGACGUACAUACGGGAACAUUGUCCCCCGUCUCUUCAAAUUGUCCUCCCGACAAUUCUCCUAGGCAAUGUCAUUCUCUCCCUUGACUCCAGAGAUCUUCAUGACUCUUGUCCUACCCUGAGCUGCUGCUACAGGUUAUCGGACUCCAUGAAUUUCUGAUCUCAAUCAAGGAUUCUGAGGAUCUUGAUUCUUUGUCUUCAGAAGAUCAUUUCUAUCCCUGUCCUCUAGGAGAUGAUCAGUCUCCAGGACCUUUUGGGCCAGUCUUCUUGUUCCGGUUUCCUUCAAAGCCUAAGAACUGCUAGCCCUCCUUGAACGCCAUCCGAAUCUCUUCUUUCGUCCUUCCAGUCUUGACGAAGUCUUCGGACAAAAAGGGGGGGAGUAUAACUUCCCCGUGGUCCCUAAUAUCCUUAAAGGAUUUCUUUUUGUCCCCGUCUCGGCAUUUGCCCUCAAUCCCGCGAAAAAAACCACGGGGCCCAAAAAACCGCGAGCGAGACGGUCUUCUUCCAUUGGACGACUAACAAGCAUAUUCCCGAAAACUGUAAAUUUUCAGCUUAAUUUCCAAUCCCAUUUUCCUCUUUGAACGUCAAAACCACACCAAAACUUCAGAAGCACCCAAGACCAUCCUGGCAACAAAAAAAAUAGAAUUAAGGGUUUAUCUUUCCAAAAAUAGAGCUAUUCUAUCUGAAUGAACAACCUUUUGUCUAUGCCUAGUCGAUUUGCGAAUUCCAAAAACUACCUCACUAAGCUGCCUGACAAUCUCAUAAGGCCCCUCCCAAUUAUUCUAUAAUUUCGGUGCCCUUC